CCAGCCGUGCCGCCCAUGGCGGAGCCGGGCGCCGAGGAGCCCGACGAGCGGCUGCUGCUCCUCGCGGACCCGACGCCUCAGCCAGGGCCGCCCUGGCGGGGGCCGCAAGGAACUAGAGCCGCCCCCGGCGGGGCUGUGCGACAGUGUGGGGAGCCGGGGCUCGAGGAGGAGUCGGACUCGGAGGACUCGGACUCGGGGCCCGAGGGGGAUGGAGAGGACGAGCCCCUCCUGCGGGCGUCGGGUACCGGCCGCGGGCGCCGAGCGGGCGCCUCCUGGGACAGGGAGCCCCGGGCCGCCGCAGGGCAUACAGGACAUAUUGCUGAUAUGAAUAUAUUUUUAGAUGAUCCAGAAUUUGCAGAGAUUAUUCUGAGAACAGAACAAGCUAUAGAAUGUGGAGUUUUUCCAGAAAGAAUCUCUCAAGGAUCCAGUGGGAGUUACUUUGCCAAGGAUCCAAAAGGGAAAAUUAUUGGAGUGUUCAAACCAAAAUCUGAAGAGCCUUAUGGACAUCUAAAUCCAAAAUGGACCAAAUAUUUUCACAAAAUUUGUUGUCCUUGCUGCUUUGGCAGAGGCUGCCUCGUUCCAAAUCAGGGAUACCUCUCUGAAGCUGGUGCCUAUCUUGUAGAUGAGAAGCUGGGGCUGGGAGUUGUACCUAAAACUAAGGUAAAGUCGUCCUGGCUUGUCAGUGAGACCUUUAAUUACAGUGCAAUAGAUCGUGCAGGAAAAUCAAGAGGAAAAAAGUAUGCUUUAGAGAAAGUGCCAAAAGUUGCUAAAAAAUUUAAUCGAAUUGGAUUACCUCCUAAGGUUGGCUCCUUCCAGUUGUUUGUUGAAGGGUAUAAGGAAGCUGACUACUGGCUCAGGAAGUUUGAAACUGAUCCUUUACCUGAGAACACAAGGAAAGAAUUUCAGUCACAGUUUGAAAGAUUGGUUAUCUUGGAUUAUGUCAUCAGAAACACAGACAGAGGUAAUGAUAACUGGUUAGUCAGGUACGAAAAAGAAGAUGACGGACUUGAUCUUUCAGAUAAGGAUAGCCAAUGGACUAUAACUAAAGAAUCUAUUAAAAUUGCUGCAAUUGACAAUGGUUUAGCAUUUCCUUUUAAGCAUCCUGAUGAGUGGAGGGCAUAUCCCUUUCACUGGGCUUGGCUUCCUCAAGCAAAAGUUCCUUUCUCUCAGGAGACCAGAGAUCUUGUUCUUCCUCGCAUUUCUGAUAUGAACUUCGUACAGGACCUUUGUGAAGAUCUUUAUGAACUGUUUAAGACUGACAAAGGAUUUGACAAGGCUACUUUUGAAAACCAGAUGUCUGUUAUGAGGGGACAGAUACUAAACCUUACUCAGGCAUUAAAGGAUGAAAAAAGUCCCAUUCAGCUUGUUCAGAUGCCACGUGUGAUUAUAGAGCGAAGUAGCACUGGAAGUCAGGGCCGAAUUGUUCACCUGAGUAAUGCAUUCACACAGACCUUUCAUAGCAGGAAGCCUUUCUUUUCCUCCUGGUAGCAACAAAAAUACGUGGGAAGAGUAAGUUCUCUUAACUUUAGAAAGCUACUUUUGUGUAAAGGCUCUGCAAUAACGUACUUCUGCUGUAUACCAAGAGCUCUGACUGCCAACACCUCAGAACUUAAAUUCUAAAGACUUAAGAAAUGUAUUUUGAAUGUAAUAAAAGUUUACAAUUUUUGUGUCAAAA